AUGGACGAUUUGAUACCAGGCGAGAUAUUGGAGGAUAUCGAGUGUUUGGACCCGGAAGACUCUUAUGAGAACGAGAAUGACGCUCUCAACUUUGACACUUUUGGAAUUUCAGAGUCGUGGGAUAAUAACAGACACUCGUCAUCCGAUAAACGAGGAUUUGACAAUUUUGACAGCCUAAAAAUGCCAGAUUUGACCAGCUUGUACCUUAGCAACAAUCACUCUAACCUUUUAAACUUCUUAUCUAACGUAGAGACGGCACAGGACGACCUGCUAGAUUGCAGACUCGAGGAGUUCGAGGUCGACUCACCUCCCCUCAAGCCUACCCCCCUUCAAAACAAGUGGGAUAAACCCUCGCAAUUAAAGUUUUCCAAUAUACCCAAUGCGCUUAAAACAGUAAAUGCCAUGGGUGCUGGUACUAAUGCUAUUAUGAAGGUUAAGAAGGGUCCCCAGAACUGCAUUCCGGCAUUGUCCUUUGACCAUGACCUCAAGCUUUUACGAAAUAUGGGUUUAUUUCCUAUUUCUUCGUGCAAACUAAAGACCGAUGACUUGCAAUACAAAAUACCGAAUCAGUGGCUCCCCCCCCGCACUGUUAACAAGCGACAUAUCAGCGCCAAAACGGUCGGAUCUGGUCAGGACCGAUUGUUUAUGAGCACAUCGGAAUUUGAUAACAUUUUGCGCAUCCAACUUGCUCAAGUAUCAAAAAAUCCUAAGCUGCAGAAUUAUUCAGGCCGUUGGAACUUCAAACUAAUGCUUAAUAAUUCACAGGAUAAGCAGCCUAAUUUUCCUAAUACCGAUAAUCAGCUCGGAUCUACAGCACAUAACAACAAUACCAAUAUAUCAAGCGAUGAGAAUGCAAGUAAAAUCAAACGUUUUGGCCGGACCAGCGUAGCGUGCAUUAGACACGGAAGGAAGCUAAUCUAUUUGGAAAAUAGUGAAAAAUCUGCCAAAGAAAUAAUUUCGACGCGCAAGCGUGCCAAAUGGGCCAUAGAAGAUUGUUAUGAACAGCUAUAUAUAAUACUAGAACUCAUCAAUUCCAUCAAGAGUGGCAUGGGAUCAAUGGAAGAACUAAAAAUUGCGAGAGACCAGAAGCUUCUAUCACUGUACGAAUCUUUAACACAAACAAAUAUUAACCAAUCUGAGACCAGCGAAGCAGAUAAUGUGUUCGAAGAGAUUCUUAAUAUUGACAAGGGGAAGAAAAUGGUGCUGCGAAUCUCCAAAACAUUCAAACCAACUCUCAAAAUCAAACUUGUUCUAGAAAUAUUAAAAUGUAGAACACUGCUCCCUUUGUUGACCCAGCCAGUGGAUUGUAUUGAUGAUUGCAAUGAAACCGAUAACUACGCCACCAAGCAUACAAUUGAUCUGUUCAAAUUUGUUUGCAGCGCUAUUGAUCAGAUAAAUAGCAAACGAUUUUCGAAUUUUAUUACCUCAUUUCUGCGCCUUCCGAAUGCAGACGAGCUGCUUUCCAGAAUUUCAAAAUCGAAGUAUGGAGUGUCGUUUGGGGUUGUAUUGGCCAACAAGAUAGUUCAAGGUCUGGAAUCAGAUCAGUUAAAUGAGCAAACUUGUAGAAUAUUUAUCGACCUAAUUUCUUCUCAAGAUGAAACAUUGUACCCAAUCAUACAGAGGAUAAGGGAACUAACAAAUUGUACGAACAAUUCGAAUGUGAUGGACACUUUUGAUUGA